UAUAAAUGCCAAAUUAUGGGCUAUGACUCCAACUCUGAUGGGGUCAUUGGAAAUUCUCCUGUUCUUCUCGUGGUCGAAGACACAGUCACCGCAACGCAAGUUUUGCAUCUUCUCCUGAGAGAGCAGGCAGAACUCCAGCAGGAAAUCACUGAUCUCCAGGAGAAAUUCGCUGAACAGAAAGACAACUAUACUAACACAGUAAAUCGACUCGAGAAUGUCAAUGGUGCUUUGGAACAUCGGCUGACAGGACUGGAGGUUCAGAAAAGAAGAGCGUGGCCCAAAGGGCUUUACGGACUUCUUUCUCCAAAUACAGGUUGCCCGAACAAUGGGGACACUUGGGGAAUUGGUCAAUUCAAAAUCCACACAGAAUCAUCAAGUACCACAAAUCUCAAUAAUGUGUCAACUGUGAACAGCAUUUUCCAUCCCAUCUUUGGGAGCUCCAACUCAAAAUUAUUCAUGUACCAACAUUUCUGUGUAAAGGCAAAUGUCGGGAUCUGGUCGGAUUGGCCCUCAGGUACCUACUGUAUAAACAGAUAUAACGAUGUAUGUCCUGAUGCAUUUUCUCACGGAUACAUCCAACUGGAUGACGAAGACGUGGAUAGAGCGUCCCAAGUAAAUGGCAUUGUCCCAGAUAUUGCUGUAAAUGGCAGUCUCUAUCGAGUUUCCUACUGCUGCAGGUCUGACUCACCCCCAGGAGUCGCGAUCUCUCUACCCACAAAGGAUCCUUUCUAUUUGUACCGUUACAAAGGGGUAUGUCAAAAAGUUAUCGGGAUGACGGUAUCACAGCAGUAUAUGUACUUUGACACAGAGGACCAUAAUAAUGGGGACGGUUAUGAAAAUCCGAUCCACCCGGAUGGAAAGGCCGACAAUGACGUUCUUAUUGAGUUAUGUUUCUACGAGUGAUUCCAAAACAAACGAAAGAGUCGGAAAGCUUUCUAAGAAUACAACAUGGAAAUAUAAUAUUUCGGGACUAACCAUCAAGGA